AUGGUGCGACUCAUAACCCAUAAUCUCCUGGCUUGCCAUGCAAAAGGCUGCACGACCAACAAUUUCCCUCUGCAAUUUAAAGACGCAGAGAUCGAGCAUCGCGAAGCAGAGUUUAACCCUGAUUUCAUAAGGGGGUUGCUCCCCAAAAUCGAGUGGAAACCUCUCGUCGAUACCACGAAAAUGUUAGGCGAUACAUUGUUGCCAGACGAGCGGCCCGAGAUGAUGGACGAUGACCUACUGAAAAUGCUGCAUCAUGUCCUCCUUGAGUUGCACAUCGAAGAAGGACAAAUGAUAUGUCCAAACUGCAGUCACGUAUAUCCUAUCUCCAACGGGAUCCCGAACAUGCUUCUAUCAGAACACGAGAUUGCCUGA